AUGUUUGGCCUCAAGAGAAACGCAGUCAUCGGACUCAACCUCUACUGUGGGGGCGCCAAGCUGGGGGCCGGCGGCGGCGGCGAUGCCGCGUCGCCUUCGGGAAAAGGACUCCUGCCCGCGGGGAAGGAGGCCGCGGCGGCGCGGCGAGAGGCCGGGGGAGGGGAGGCGGCGCCGGUGAUUGGCGGGAGCGCCGGCGCGAGCCCCUCGGCCGCCCUGGCGCCGGACGCCCGGAGGGUCGCGCGGCCCUCGCCCAUUGGCGCCGAGGGCCCCGACGUCACCGCGACCCCCGCGCGGCGGCUGUUCGCGCCCGUCGGCCGCGCGGCGCCGCCUGAGAAGAUGGAAGCCGCCGCGGCCGCCGCCGCCAUCAUGUCGCCGGAAGAGGAGCUGGACGGGUACGAGCCGGAGCCUCUCGGGAAGCGGCCGGCCGUCCUGCCCUUGCUGGUCGGGGAGGCCAGCCGCGGCCCCGGCGCGGGCGGCUCGCUGCCCUCCACGCCGCCCCCAGCGGAGGAGGAGGAGGACGACGAGCUGUUCCGGCAGUCGCUGGAGAUUAUCUCUCGGUACCUUAGGGAGCAGGCGACCGGCGCCAAGGACGCGAAGCCGCUGGGCAGGUCUGCGGCCUCCAGCCGGAAGGCAUUAGAGACCCUCCGGCGGGUCGGGGACGGCGUGCAGCGCAACCACGAGAUGGCCUUCCAAGGUAUGCUCCGCAAGCUGGACAUCAAGAACGAGGACGACGUCAAGUCUUUGUCUCGCGUGAUGAUCCACGUGUUCAGCGACGGGGUAACAAACUGGGGCAGGAUUGUGACUCUCAUUUCUUUUGGUGCCUUUGUGGCCAAACACUUGAAGAGCAUCAACCAAGAAAGCUGCAUUGACCCCUUGGCAGAAAGCAUCACAGACGUUCUCGUGAGGACGAAACGAGACUGGCUAGUGAAACAAAGAGGCUGGGAUGGGUUUGUGGAAUUCUUCCAUGUAGAGGACCUAGAAGGUGGCAUCAGAAAUGUGCUGCUGGCUUUUGCAGGUGUUGCUGGAGUAGGAGCUGGUUUGGCAUAUCUAAUAAGAUAG